AUGGCGGUUGCGGAAGCUGGCAGCAGUAAGGAUGCAGGCUGGUGUUGGAAACCGGCUGCUGACUUGUUCCAUAACAGCAGUAGUUGCGGUUUUUUAUGGAGGGAGCUGACCGAUUAUCUUGCUGAUUUUUUGCCUACGGAAGGUAUCGAAGACAGUUUUACAUGGAGCUGCAACAAUGAAGGAGUUUUUAAGGAGGAAAAUUUAUCGCAUCUUCUAGGUGGUUGUUUAGUCAUUUCUAGUAUUUGGAGGAAGGUGCUCGAAUGGUUUGGUCCGAUUGACAACUUAGACUUGGAGGAAUUCGAGGGAUUUUUUGGUUUCUUUGAGAAGGUGAAGUUUAAAGCCAAGAAGAUUAUCGUUAUGGUUAUUUGGCUAGCCACGGUGUGGAACAUUUGGUUGAGGCGUAAUGCGCUCAUUUUUAAGAAUGAGUCUUUUAGCUUUACCGAAUGCAAGUCGGGUAUAGUUCAUUUAUCUUGGAAUUGGCUUCAAUCGUAUUAUGUCAUUAAGGAUAAUUGUAACUUUCAUAUUUGGAAUAUCCUACCUCUCAAUUGUUUUGAGUAG